GUGACGACCCCCAUCCCCGAGUGGAGAGGCGAGGCGGCUGAGCGUCGGGGAAGCGGAGCCCCGUUCCCGGACCCGCGGGGUGGUGACGAAUCUGCACCCGGGCGGCAGUUGCGACCCUCCCCGGAAAGGACACGAGGUUGCAGUUUUGAGAUGGUUUUUCACUGAAACUUUUACCAAAGGCCUGGUGACCAAGCCAGGACAGGUUGUUAAAGCCUCAAGAUGAGUAAAUCUCGGAUUUUCCAGUUCUGUGGCAUUAUGGCUUGUGUGUUUAUGAUUCUACUGAUCAUAUUUUAUUGGGAUGAUGUUGGAACAGCUCGUUUCUAUUUGCACACUGCUUUCAUACAAAUUCAGGCCACACAUCUUCCACCCAUGAAAAACCAAAACUAUGACCAUUCAAAUUCCAAAAAGAUAGCAGGAGAGAGAAUAACCAGUUCCAAGGCUAGUAUUCCUGAUAAUCUGGAGUUAAUGUAUUUGGAAAAUACAAAAGAAUACAAAGAGACAGAAAAUUCAAAAGUAAACCAACUUUUGAAUGAAGUAUCUCAGCCUGACUUUGAGGAGAAAGUGGAAAGCUUUGAAUUGGGAAUCAAUUCUGGGAAAACUACCAAUGAAUUACAACGGAUACAGAAAGAGAGGAAACAAAAACUUGAAGAUGCUUGUACAGACUCUAGUGUUAUGUUCUCAGGAAAAAAUAGGAAUUUUGAAGAUAUUCCAAAUAAAGAAUUGGACCAUCUAAUUGUGGAUGACCGGCAUGGGAUUAUUUAUUGUUACGUACCAAAGGUAGCAUGCACUAAUUGGAAACGGAUCAUGAUUCUAUUAAGUCAAAGUCUUUUAAAUCAAGGUAUUCCAUAUCGUGACCCACUUGAAAUCCCCAGGGACCUUAUACACAACUCAACCAGCCAUUUGACAUUUAACAAGUUCUGGAAACGGUAUGGAAAAUUCUCAAAACAGUUGAUGAAGAUCAGACUGAAGAAGUAUACCAAGUUUCUCUUUGUACGGGAUCCUUUUGUAAGAUUAAUUUCUGCAUUUCGCAGCAAAUUUGCUGUUCAGAACAAUGAUUUUUAUAGCCGAUUUGCAAGGCCAAUGCUCAAACUGUAUGCUAAUUAUUCCAACCCUCCGCAAACUGUCAAUGAAGCUUUCUCUGCAGGAAUCAAGCUCACCUUUACUAACUUCAUUCAGUAUUUGUUGGAUCCUCAGACUGAGAAGGAGAUCUCUUUUAAUGAACACUGGCGUCAGGUAUAUAGACUGUGUCACCCAUGUCAAAUAAAUUAUGAUUUUAUUGGAAAAUUAGAGAGUUUGGAUGAGGAUGCCAGUUAUUUACUCAAAUUGCUGAAGGUUGACAAGCUUGUUCAAUUUCCAUCCAGUUCACGGAAUCAGACAGUUGCCAGUUGGGAACAUGAAUGGUUUGCAAAAAUUCCAGUGGCAUGGAGGAGAAAACUAUAUGAAAUUUACAAGCCUGACUUUGUUAUCUUUGGUUAUCCCAAACCAAAUUUAUUACUUGACUGAUCUCAUAGAUGCACUAAUUGCCUUAAGUAAGAUAAGUACUCAUAUAGUUAAUGCCUUUUAACUCCUUGACUGACCUCUUCAUGCCAAAAACAAAUUGAAAUUUUGGAGAUGAUGCACUCAUAGCAUAUUGAUUGUUACAUUUCUCCGCCUUGUCCCGUGUAUUUUAUUUGCCAGCUAUCCUUAUCAAUAGAUAGUUGUAAAAUCAGUCUGAUAGUCUUGGAGUUGUAUUCUGUAUCUGCUAAACUGCCAUAAUGUGGAGUGAAAAUAAUUGGUAUUUAACAUGAUCCUUGCUGUGAGAGUAAGAUCUUUAUUGCUGUUUUGAGGUGUUUGAUAUUAAUAACCCCAUAGCAAUUGUUGAAAAAUCUUUCGAGUGCUUUUUGGAUUUAGGUUGUUAGAAUCAUUAUCAGGAAAAUACUAAGAAUAUUGUGUCUUUAUCAAUGUCUGUUUAUUGUAUUUUUGAUUGCGUUUUAAGCUUCCUCCCAUAGUAUAGAGACUUAAAAAAAGAGUUUUAACAAAAACUCAUUUGGUUAACCUGCUUUGUACUUGCCCCAUUCAUGAUGUCCUGCAUAAUAUACUUUGACAUUUAUGUUCUUCUUAAAAUAAGGCCUAAUACUGCCCAUCUUUUACUGUCCUUAAUGUAUUUGCUACAACAGCUUGAAAGUGAUUACUUAUGGAAAAAAAUGAGAUAAUUACUUAAUAUCUUCCAGAAGAUUGCAAUAUUGAGUUAAUACCAAAUUUAACCGUACUUAUUGCAAGCAGUUAUUUAAUUUCUGCUAAAUUAAAUGGGUACAAACAAUGCUAUUUGUAGCUAUUGUGCUUGGAAACAUAUUAAGUCAAAAUUAUGUGCCUUGUAUUUUCUCACAGCAGUAAAUACAUUUUGCACAUGGUGUCAAAUUUCAGUAAGUUGAACUACUGAUCCUAGUCCAUAAGGACAUAGAAAAGUGUUAAUAUAUUGUUUAAUGAAAAUUAUUCAAUUAUGGGACAAACAAAUAAACUUGAUCAGGUUAGGGGUGUCUUUGCACACAUGUUGUUUGUAUAGUUAAAAGUUAGGAAAAUAUUUUUUGUCCUAAUUUGGAAGCUAUCUUGAGCAAGGAGAGUUUUGGCCUUUAUGGAAGUCCUGAUAAUAUGAAGCUCUGUUCCAUUCUUAUUAGUUUUAAUAAAACUAGUAAAAAAUUAGUUUUAAUUUUAAUAUUGUGAAGAAUGACUUGUCUUUUGAAGUAGACUAGAUAUCAAGAGAAACUUAAGCAUUUAAAAGGGGAGAAAGUUCAAAGUGAACGGGCCUUUUAAAGACUAGGAACAUAGUGAUAAGGAAUAAAUGGCAGAGGAGUUAGGUGGUAGCAGCACAUACUAGUAGUACUGGGAAAGAAAUUAAAUCCCUUCACAAUUAGAGUAUUGAUGUUAGGCAAACUAAUGGGUCAAAAAAUUAAGCUCUCUGGACCUGGUUAUUUGCAUCUUGGGAUCCUAUAAGAAAUAGUUUUUCAAAUAAAAACAACUUGGAUUCCAGAGAGGUGUGAGAGGAUUGAAAAAUUAUCAAUGCGAUGCCCUUAUUGAAUAAGGGUAAUAGGCAUAAAAUAGUUAUCAAUCAGUCUGACAAUUGUAGCAAAAAUGCUAAAAGUGUUCAUUAAGAUACCAGCUGUACAGUUGGCAAGUUGUAAAUAGAUUUGGCAUAAGUUAUAAAAUAGAAAUAGUAUAUGAUUUUUAUCAAAGUUCUUUGAGGAACCAGAGUCAAUAUGGCAGAGCUAGUAGAUUUUAAAUAUUUAGGUUUCCAAAAUGUGUUUACAAGUUGUGACAUGAGAUUACUUUGAAAGCUGAGGGCUCAUGGAGGCAAUUUAUUGCAUGAAUUAAAAGUUGAAAACGUUGGAAAAGCAAGCUUAACAGCUUCUGUGGAAAGGGAAGUGUGUAAUGUCUCAGGAUUAGAACACUGUCAGAAUUGGGGAAAGAGAAGUGUAAGUUGGUUUUCAGUAGCAGAGAAGGUGGAAGAGGAUGAGCAGAACAAAGGGAAUAUCUGGAAGGGUGAGGCCAAGUGAACUGAGCACAGCUGAGGUAGCAUUUAUAAAGAUGUGCUCCUUUUCUAUGUAACACAUUACUAAUGAGGCCAUUGGAUAUGCCACAGAUAAAACUAUUAUCAGUUGAAAACAAAACACCCACAAUGAUGACAGGCAGAAAUGACGAGUUCUCAAAAAGAAAGGAUGAGUAAAACCUGGAGAAUUUGGUAUUAAAUUCAGAGGUUUCAGUGUACCCAGACAAAAACAAGGUACUAAUCUUCAAGCAACACACAUAAAAUGCUGGAGGUACUCAGAAGGCUAGGCAGCAGCUAUAUAAAGGAGUACAGCCGAUGUUUCAGGCUGAGACCCUUACUCAGGACUGAGUAAUCCCUCUGGAAAAGGAGGUCCACCAUGUUUUUCAUACACAAACCAGCUUAAAACUACACAACCAUUUCAAGCUUGCAAUGUGUUGAAAUUGUCUGCCGUACAAUUCUGGCUUUGAGACAUGAAUUAUUAAAUUAUGGGCCCUUGAGAUUGAAAAUAUAAAAUGAGAGGAUGUUUACAGAUUACUUUUCUGUAUGUGGAAUAGGGCUGGUGAGGAAGAGUUAUGCUUUGUACAGAAACUAAGCACAUAGGCUUGUAUAUUUAUUGCUUCAGAGCUGCAAUAAUCUUUUCCCUUGAAGUAUUCUUGAAAUUUUAAAAAUGCCUUCACUCAGACUAUUUUGGUCUUUAAUAAGUGAAAGUGAUAAUUUGAGAGUCACCAAUCACAUCAUGCUUCACACUUUCAACUAGUUAAUGAGUUUGUGUGAAAUUAAAUAUUGCAAGUAUGAUGCUAAUUAUGCUAUGUUUUGACCUAUUGAGUUGCCUGUAUUACCAACUACGCAUGUGAUGCAUAUGUACCAUUUGCCAAGGUGGUAUGCAAGUGCAACAAACAUUUUUCAUACUCCCUUCUUUUCCUGUCUGCCCUUUUCCUCCGUGCAUUGUAAUAUCUUUGCAUUCAGGCAAACUGCAAGGAAAACAUAAAUUUAACAUGACAAGCUUAGCAUAAUUGAAGGCAAUGGGAUUAAAGGGGUAGUGGCUGUUAGAUUAUGAUGUUGGCUGAGAGACAGAUUGCUCUAUCACCAAGAGUUGGUAUUGGGUAUUUUUGACUUUUGACUUCUAGAUUUCAAAAUUAGUAGAUGUCAUGCAUCUUGGAAAUCUAAUGAACAGUGAGGGUGGUAAUAUUUUAAAAGGAUAUUGACUAGUGAAUUUUACAAAAUAUGGGAGAUUAAAUUUAAAUGUGGAGAACUAUUGUGCUUUAUUACAAUAAGAAUAUGCAGAGAGAAUAUGAACUAAAUUGGCUAAGUUCAAUCUAUCAAAACCAUUGGAAAAUCUGUACGUGCCUUCAAGUUUCCCAUUAACCAUUUGUUCUGAAAAGAACUUUCUUGGCUUUUCCAUACAACUAAAAUCUCACAACCUUUAUUGUAUAUCUCCGCUGCACCCACUCUAAGCCCACAGCAAACUUCCCAUGAGCAAGAGAAUGGAGCAGGCAAGAUGGUGUUGAGGUAACAUUGUAAAAUUUAGUACCUGUAUUCCUGAUACUAUGCUUUUUUAACCCCUGAUUUUUGAAUUUUCACAACUGUUUUUGGGUUUGUUUUAUUUUUCUGUAUGGUUGCUAAAUUGAACAUGUUUUCCUGUACUCCACUUGUAAAAUUAUUAGGGUGAUAAAAUAUAUAUGGUCUAAACCAUAUAAUUGAAUCACUUCAUCUAAUUUACAUUUUUUAAUGCAGGGCAGUUAUAUCUUGCAAUAAAGAGAAAAUGUAGAACUUAGAGGCAGCUUUAGAUUUAUGGGUGUAAUUGAGGAUCAGUUUAAGAACAAAUUAUUAAUUGUUAUUCUGUAUAUCUAAUUCUUGCUCUAGCCUGUUCAUGGAAAUAUUCCAGUAUCAGAAUAAGUAUACCUUUACAACCAACAGUAACUAUGUUUUUAGAAUUUCCAGAUAUUUCAUAAUUGCGAUUAAUGGUUUCUAACUAUUAAUCAUCCUAGUAACUCCAAAAUCAUUGUACUUGUAGCAUUCCAUAAACCAGAGUAAAAAUCUGAUUUAACUUUCAUUUUGUGUAUUAAUGUAAACUUAUGCUUCAGUUACUUGUUAAUGUUGAUAUUAUUUGAUAUGUGAAGUCAUUCAGAGACCAGAUGUGAUUUUUAUUUUUAACUAAACAAAAGCACGAGAAUUUGUGCACUUUGCAGAUGAAAAGGUGCAUUUCAAGUGCCUGGUCAUUGUGUUACUUGUAUGUACAGUCACAACUCUUUUCUCCAUUUGAUGUGAAGUUCCAUUGAAGUUUAAAAACAUACUUUUAAAUGAAGGGAAGUCUUGGAUCUUUGUGUAAAUUGAACUUUUUAAAGUAUAUUUUGAUAAUGACAGAUUUUAUAAAGUUGCAUUUUUGAACUUUGUUUUCUUUAAAAUGUUCAAUACAUUAUUUAUUCUAUUCAGAUCUCUAAAUUAACGGUCAUAUCCAGGUGAAUGACCACAUAUGAACUGGGAACAUGUAAAAUGGAACUUUGAGAGAAAAUGUAAAAAAAAUGUCUACAACUCUUUUUUUAAAAACUGCUAUUUAUAAAAUUUUACACUUUCAAUGGAAUAUAUCACGUAUUGCCUAUUAGUUUCUUUUGUUUUUAUUUCAAAGAUGAACAACAGCAGUUUUUGCUAUCUCUUAGUUUUGCAUUUCUAUAAAGUGGGCAAAAAGUGAAAAUAUGUGCUGUUCAGUGUAGAUAUUUUUGUAAAGUUACUGUUUUUCUUGUAAAUGUGCAAUAAAACCUCAGGCUUAAUUAUGUACAAUACAGCUAUUGUGUGAAUGGAAUUUGUCAGCUGCUUCUUCUGGAUACAGAGGAGGGUUAGAAAAUGCAUAACUAAAAUUUUUGCUCCUAACUAAAUUAUACUCUACAACGAAACGUUCUGAUGUUAUAAAACUUGUAAAGAAAGUUCUCAUUCACAUACUUGAACCCAAUUGUAUUGGUUAAGAAUACCCUGUGACUUUUGGAC